AUGAAAUUUCUCACAUCUAAUUUCCUAAAGUGCUCAGUGCAGGCGUGCGAUAGAAGCAACGAUAACUUCCCGCUGAAAUUCAACGGCGAAAAAUGCCAGCUAGAGCAAGACGAAAGUUUGGAAUUUAACCCUGAAUUUCUGCUCCGAGUUAUCGACCGUGUUGAUUGGGCUGCUGUGUUGAGUGUUGCCGCUGACUUGGGUAACACAGGUUUACCUGCGGGCAAGCCUGAGUUCUCUAAUGAGGAGCUCAGCGAGGAAGAUAAGGUUAUUUUGGCUGAUCUACACACUUUGUUGAUCCAAACUAACAUAGUGGAGGGAGAAAUGAGCUGCAAAAAUUGUGGGCAUGUGUAUUAUAUUAAGAACAGCAUUCCAAAUCUAUUAUUACCACCUCAUUUAGCCUAG